UCCUGCUACCCUGCUGGCAAGUAGCUGCGGCCGCUGGCGCCAUGGGGACCGCCUCGUCGCUCGUGAGCCCUGCGGGCGGGGAGGUGAUCGAGGACACCUACGGGGCGGGCGGCGGUGAGGCCUGUGAGAUCCCGGUGGAGGUGAAGCCCAAGGCCCGCCUGCUGCGCAGCUCGUUCCGCCGGGGCGCGGGAGUGGCGGCGGCGGCGGCGGGGGCCGGGCCCGGGUCGCUGCCCCGCGGGGCGGGCGGCGGCGGGCUGCUGGGGGCCAGCUUCAAGUCCACUGGCUCGUCGGUGCCCGAGCUGGAGUACGCGGCGGCCGAGUACGAGCGGCUGAAGAAGGAGUACGAGAUCUUCCGGGUCAGCAAGAACCAGGAGUUGUUAUCCAUGGGCCGCCGUGAGGCCAAGCUGGACACAGAGAACAAGCGGCUGCGGGCCGAGCUGCAGGCACUUCAGAAAACUUACCAGAAGAUACUUCGGGAAAAGGAAAGUGCUUUAGAAGCAAAAUACCAAGCAAUGGAGAGAGCAGCUACAUUUGAACAUGACAGAGAUAAAGUUAAAAGACAAUUCAAGAUUUUUAGGGAGACCAAGGAGAAUGAAAUUCAGGAUUUAUUGAGGGCCAAGCGAGAGUUGGAGAGCAAACUUCAGAGGCUACAGGCUCAGGGGAUCCAAGUAUUUGAUCCUGGGGAGUCUGAUUCAGAUGACAACUGUACAGAUGUUACUGCUGCUGGAACCCAGUGUGAAUAUUGGUCCGGUGGAGCCUUGGGAAGUGAGCCUUCGAUUGGGAGCAUGAUCCAACUUCAGCAGUCCUUUCGGGGCCCUGAGUUCGCCCAUAGUUCUAUAGAUGUAGAAGGACCCUUUGCUAAUGUCAACAGAGAUGACUGGGAUAUUGCUGUAGCUAGUUUAUUACAAGUUACCCCGCUGUUUUCGCAUUCUCUGUGGAGUAACACUGUCAGAUGUUACCUUAUUUGUACAGAUGAAACUCAGCCCGAAAUGGAUCUUUUCCUUAAGGACUAUUCACCUAAACUUAAGAGGAUGUGUGAGACAAUGGGAUAUUUUUUCCAUGCUGUAUAUUUUCCAGUAGAUAUUGAAAAUCAAUACCUCACUGUAAGAAAAUGGGAAAUUGAGAAGAGCUCAUUAGUUAUCUUAUUCAUUCAUUUAACUUUACCGAGCUUUUUAUUGGAGGACUGUGAAGAAGCUUUUCUGAAAAACCCUGAAGGCAAACCACGGUUAAUUUAUCAUCGUUUGGAGGAUGGGGAAGUCAGUUCUGACUCUGUCCAGCAACUGAUUGAUCAAGUUUCUAACCUGAACAAGACCAGCAAAGCCAAGAUCAUUGAUCACUCAGGAGAUCCUGCAGAAGGAGUAUAUAAAAUUUAUAUAUAUGUGGAAAAGAUUAUUAAACAGGACAUCCUGGGCUUUGAAAACACAGACUUGGACACUAAGGAUUUGGGCAGUGAAGAUUCCACUCCAGAAGAAGACGAUUUUGGUGAUGUUCUAUGGGACAUCCAUGAUGAACAAGAGCAAAUGGAAGCUUUUCAGCAGGCUUCAAACUCAGCCCAUGAGUUGGGAUUCGAGAAAUAUUACCAGCGCCUCAAUGAUCUGGUGGCAGCACCGGCACCAAUUCCGCCCCUUCUUGUAUCUGGAGGACCAGGCUCUGGAAAGUCCCUUCUUCUGUCAAAGUGGAUCCAGUUACAGCAGAAGAAUUCUCCUAACGCUCUAAUCCUUUCUCAUUUUGUGGGGAGGCCCAUGUCAACCAGCUCAGAGUCUUCCCUGAUUAUUAAACGACUAACUCUAAAGUUGAUGCAGCAUUCUUGGUCAGUAUCUGCUCUGACAUUGGAUCCUGCUAAGCUUCUGGAAGAAUUCCCACGUUGGCUGGAAAAACUCUCUGCUCGUCAUCAAGGCAGCAUCAUCAUCGUUAUCGAUUCUAUCGAUCAAGUGCAGCAAGUUGAAAAACACAUGAAAUGGCUGAUAGACCCACUGCCAGUGAACGUGAGAGUAAUUGUUUCCGUGAAUGUAGAAACCUGCCCUCCAGCGUGGAGGUUGUGGCCUACACUUCAUCUUGACCCUUUAAAUCCAAAAGAUGCAAGAUCUAUUAUAAUGGCAGAAUGCCACUCUGUAGACAUUAAAUUGAGUAAAGAACAGGAGAAGAAGCUAGAACGACACUGUCGUUCUGCUACAACCUGCAAUGCCCUUUAUGUCACCCUUUUCGGCAAAAUGCUGGCAUGUGCUGGGAGAGCAGGCAAUUUAGAUAAACUCCUUCUUCAGUGUUUCCAGUGUCAAGACACUGUUUCAUUAUAUAGACUUGUUCUGCAAUCUAUCCAGGAGUCCAUGGCAAAUGACAUGGAUAAAGAACUAAUGAAACAGAUUCUCUGCCUCGUAAAUGUUAGUCACAAUGGUGUGAGUGAGUCAGAAUUGAUGGAACUGUAUCCUGAGAUGUCCUGGGCUGUCUUGACCUCCCUUAUUCACAGUUUGCACAAAAUGUGUUUGUUGACUUACAGUUGUGGUUUGCUCAAGUUUCAACAUCUACAGGCUUGGGAAACAGUGAGACUAGACUACAUGGAAGGUCCUACCAACAUUUCUUCAUAUAGGCAAAAUCUCAUCAACUAUUUCACCAUGCAGCUAAGUCAGGACCGAGUGACUUGGAGAAGUGCGGAUGAACUCCCGUGGCUUUUCCAGCAGCAGGGGAGCAAACAGAAGCUUCACGACUGCCUUCUCAAUCUCUUUGUGUCCCAAAACCUCUAUAAAAGAGGACACUUUGCUGAGUUGCUGAGUUACUGGCAGUUUGUUGGCAAAGACAAAAGUGCGAUGGCAGCAGAAUACUUUGAUUCACUGAAGCAGUAUGAGAAAAACUGUGAAGGCGAGGAGAGUAUGAUUUGCUUAGCUGAUCUUUAUGAAACCCUGGGGCGAUUUCUCAAGGACCUAGGCCUUCUCAGCCAGGCUGUCGUGCCUUUGCAGAGGUCUCUAGAGAUUCGAGAAACGGCUUUAGAUCCGGAUCACCCACGAGUAGCUCACGCCCUCCACCAGCUAGCCAGCGUGUACGUGCAGGGGAAGAAGUUCGGCAACGCGGAACAGCUGUAUAAGCAGGCACUGGAGAUCGCAGAAAACGCCUAUGGUGCGGACCAUCCGCAUGUUGCGCGCGAACUUGAGGCACUUGCGACUUUGUACCAGAAGCAAAAUAAAUACGAACAAGCUGAACAUUUUAGGAAAAAAUCUUUUAAAAUUCGUCAGAAAGCUACAAGGAGAAAAGGCAACUUGUAUGGAUUUGCCCUUUUACGUAGACGGGCCUUACAGUUAGAAGAGCUCACGCUGGGUAAGGACACACCUGACAACGCCCGGACCCUCAAUGAACUGGGUGUGCUCUACUAUCUUCAGAACAACCUGGAAACAGCUGACCAGUUUCUGAAGCGCUCCUUGGAGAUGAGGGAGCGAGUCCUAGGGCCAGAUCACCCUGACUGUGCCCAGUCUUUGAAUAAUCUCGCGGCUCUAUGCAAUGAAAAGAAACAGUAUGAUAAAGCAGAAGAACUUUAUGAAAGAGCCUUAGACAUUCGGAGACGAGCACUAGCCCCUGAUCACCCUUCUCUGGCUUAUACAGUGAAGCAUCUUGCAAUCUUGUAUAAGAAAAUGGGGAAACUUGACAAAGCUGUACCUCUGUAUGAGCUGGCUGUUGAAAUUCGGCAGAAGUCCUUCGGUCCAAAGCACCCUAGUGUAGCUACUGCCUUGGUGAACUUAGCUGUUCUUUAUAGCCAGAUGAAAAAACACAUUGAAGCCUUGCCGUUAUAUGAAAGAGCAUUAAAGAUUUAUGAGGACAGCCUGGGUCGGAUGCAUCCUCGAGUUGGAGAAACAUUAAAAAACUUAGCUGUGCUUAGCUAUGAAGAAGGGGAUUUUGAAAAAGCUGCUGAACUAUACAAAAGGGCGAUGGAAAUAAAAGAAGCAGAAACAUCGCUUUUGGGUGGAAAAGCUCCUUCCCGACACUCAUCAAGUGGAGACACAUUUAGCUUAAAAACAACUCAUUCUCCUAAUGUUUUCCUUCAUCAAGGACAAAGGUAAUAGCAGCAAUUACAAUUCACUGCAGAUGUACAUUAGGAUGAAAUAAUUAAGAAACAUUUGGAGCAUUACUUUAAAAUUCAUGAAAACUGUUUUUAAGAAAAUUUAUUUUUACUUUGUGUGAUUUAACUGUUAAUUGUAUGAAAUUGUAUUGGACUCCACUGAAGUUUGAGUCAUGACUGUGUCGGGUUUUAGCUGUUUAAAAGAAUUACCCUUCCUAUUGUGUGGGAUCCCAGGAUGGAGAUACGUCAGAAUGCUCACAUGUCUGGCGUGAGGAGUUGAUCAUGAAGAGCAGACUGGUCUCUGUUCUACAAGAGCUGGCAAAGCCGCUAAGACAGGGAGUUCGAGAACUCUGGUUCUUCUCAUCUCUCAAAAGCUACUUUAGCCUCAGCAUUCCUCGUCUUGCUUUUCUGCAGCAGUCUGACCCAGUUUUCUACCUCAAAAAAAAGUUUCAAGGAAUAAAAGGGAUGUUUACGAAAAGUAUGAAUCGUCUUCUGUAAAACGAACUAGUAACAGGAGCCUCUGACUGCUGCUUUUUUUUUUUUUUUUCUACUUUUCCCUUGAGCCCUCUGCCUUCUGGGCUCUCUACAUUGUAUGUUGUUUUACUGUGUAGAAUGUACCUGCAUAACCUGGUCAUUAAUGCAGUAACAGAUGAUGGCAUUCUUUGACCUUUCCCAAAAUAUGGACAGGACCUUCUUUCUUAAGUGGCCUCAAUCUGUCUCAAAUAUUUAUAUCUCAAACUUAAAUUAGUUGGCCAUUUUAUACUGAAAAUUAAAUAUUUUUAUAGAUUUUAUAAAUUGCCAGCUUAAGAUAUUGUUUUAUACCAUUUAUGUAUUUAUAUAUAAUAAAAUCUUCAAUUUUAAUACUUGUAAGAUUCCAACAUGUAUUCAUUGUAAAGGUGAAAGAUGUAACAACCAUACUUGCUGUUUUAAAAUAAAAGUGCAAUUUCAAA